AUUACUACUCAUAUUAUAUAAAUAUACACAUAAUCAAUCACACAUGAGAGAUAGUCACAUCACAAACUAAUAACAAAUCUCUCUCUCUCUCCCUAUAAGUUUGAAUGGCGAUUUAAAGAAGACCCGUAGUUCUCUCUGAUCAUCCUCCUCCGACUUCUACUCUCAUCAAAACACAACACUCAACGCUUAUCUCUCAUCACAUCUCUUUACUCAUUCUUCUCAUUUGGAUAAGAUCUCUCUCCAUCUCUAUCUCUUUCUCCUCUUUUCUAGCAGAUUCAAUCCGAACCCUAACCUCUUUGAUACCAAUAUUUUGAGAAUAUUUCCUUACUUUAAACUACAAAAAAAAGAAAAAAAAAAGAUUUUACCAAUCUCUCUCUUUAUAAUAACUUAUACAUAUGCCAUCAAUGUCAAAUUGUUCUAUCUGUCCUUUGCUCUUAACUACUCUCACCACCACCACCACUACUUCUUCUUUACUACAAACCCUUCUCGUAUUCUCUUAAUCAAUACGUACUUAUUUAUUACACAUUACAAAACACAAACCCAAGUCUCUCUAUCUCUAUCUCUAUCUCUAUCUCUAUCUCUAUAUAUAAAAGCCAAAGAGAGAAAAGAGAGAACACAAAGAGAGAAGUUAUAUUAUUUUGAUGGAUUUUUGUUGGAUGAGAGAGAUAGAAGGCAAACUAGCACAUGAUUACUUGUCUAGCCACCACCACCGAGGCAUGACGUCACCACGUCGUAUCUGCGUCGUCACCGGACCGGUGAUCGUAGGCGCCGGACCGUCGGGUUUAGCCACGGUCGCAUGUUUAAAAGAGAGAGGGAUCACGUCAGUGCUACUCGAGAGAUCAAACUGUAUAGCUUCUUUAUGGCAGCUCAAGACAUACGACCGUCUUCAUCUCCACCUCCCUAAACAAUUCUGUGAACUUCCGAUAAUACCCUUUCCCGCCGACUUCCCAACCUACCCGACGAAGCAACAGUUCAUUGAGUACCUUGAGGACUACGCUCGGAGGUUUGAUAUAAAGCCUGAGUUUAACCAGACCGUUGAGUCGGCUGAGUUUGAUAAGAACCUUGGUAUGUGGCGCGUGACCACCGUGGGAGAUGAAGGCACGACGGAGUAUGUUUGCCGGUGGUUAGUAGCGGCGACGGGGGAGAAUGCGGAGCCGGUUGUGCCGAGGUUUGAAGGGAUGGAUAAGUUUGCAGCCACCGGGGUGGUUAAGCACACAAGUCAUUACAAGACCGGUGGAGAUUUCGCCGGAAAAAAGGUUCUUGUCGUCGGAUGUGGUAACUCCGGUAUGGAGGUUUGUUUGGAUCUAUGCAACUUCGGUGCUCAGCCUUCUCUCGUUGUCAGAGACGCUGUGCACGUCCUACCACGAGAGAUGUUGGGUACUUCGACUUUUGGGCUGUCCAUGUUCUUACUCAAAUGGCUGCCCAUCCGGCUCGUUGACCGUUUCCUCUUGGUUGUUUCUCGGUUCAUCCUCGGGGACACCACCUUGUUAGGUCUUAACCGGCCUCGGUUAGGUCCGCUCGAGCUCAAAAACAUCUCCGGCAAAACUCCGGUCCUCGACGUCGGCACACUCGCCAAAAUCAAAACAGGAGAUAUCAAGGUUUGUUCGGGGAUAAGAAGGUUAAAACGACAUGAAGUUGAGUUCGAUGACGGUAAAACUGAGAGAUUUGACGCCAUAAUAUUGGCAACUGGCUACAAAAGCAACGUACCCUCUUGGCUAAAGGAGAAUAAAAUGUUUAGUAAGAAAGAUGGAUUUCCAAUACAAGAGUUCCCAGAGGGAUGGAGAGGAGAAUGUGGGCUAUACGCGGUCGGGUUCACGAAACGUGGGAUAUCUGGAGCAUCAAUGGAUGCAAAGAGAAUAGCUGAAGACAUAGACAAGUGUUGGAAACAAGACGAGCAAGUCAAGAAAAUAUGAUCAAAAAACCUAUAGAGAGACUAGCUAUAAGCUUAGAGGAGUUGAAAGAUUUAAGAGGGUUUUCUAAUUCAAGAAAACAUAAACAUGCCAAAGGCGGGUAGCGAUCGGGAACUUGAUGGAUUGGUUUCAAAAGGAGAGAGUUGGGAAGGGAUGGGAGAGGAGGUGAUGUAAAUUAAAGACUUAUCUCAGCCAGCUGCAAUGCAAAUUGGGGAAAAGAAAGAAUGAAAAGGAAAUGUAGUGAGAGUGAUUGUGGUGGGAAUUGAUGAUCAUCUCUUGCCCAAAGGAGUGAGAGGAGGGGACCCCUUCUUCUCUUUGCAUGCUUAUAACCCACUUUGUAAAUCUUUCUAUGUUUCUAAUUGCUUCUCUUCUUUUUUUUUUGUUUCUUUUUUGGUUUUAGUUUUUCCAUAGUUAGGUAUGCUCUUUGUUUUUCUA